AUGUUAGUAUCCGGAGCUUUUCUAGAAGAGCCUCAAAGGGAUGUAGCCAUCGUAUCGGAGCGCGCAGGAACAACUCGAGACAGUAUUGAGGUGCGACUAAAUAUCGCAGGGGUACCAAUGGUUCUAACAGAUACAGCAGGGAUCCGAGAGACCUCAGACUCAAUCGAGAAGGAGGGAGUCGAAAGAGCAAAGCGAAAAAUCUUAGAAGCCGAUGUGGUCAUAGCUGUAGUCGAUGCAUGUGAUGCUGUAAAGGAAACAGAUUUCAUAAUGAAGGAGCUUGAGGUGUUCACCCGCUAA